ACUCAGCUGAGCCUAAUGUAGACCGCCAAGGUGAGGUUUUACCGACUCGGGACAUUCCGGGUCAGUGGUCACAGGGAACACGACUUGCGAGAAACAUGCGGACCCUCUUCAUCUCACCUUGUAACGAUACUCACACGAUUUUAUUAGCAGUCUCUAUCUACACCGACCACCGUCGCAGGCCACCACACGAUUUCCGCGUUGAUACCGUCCAGCGUCAACACCGCAAUCUUGGUUGCAAGGAAGAAAGCCACCAGAAAGCUGAACAUUAUCGAACCAGCUAGUACCACAGAGCGCGACAACACCGAACCUCAUCCAUGGCCGAGAAACCAACUCUGGUCUUCAUUCCAGGCGCUUGGCACAAGCCUAAAUGCUACGAAAAAGUCAUCAAAUCGCUCCAGGACGAGCACGGCUUUACAUGUAUCUCCAUAACAUUACCUUCCACCAAUGGCGACCCAUACGCUACCUUCAAAGACGACGUUGAUGCUGCUCGCAAUGGACUCAUUGCCGAGUUGACUGCAGGCCGCGAUGCAGUCGUUAUCGCGCAUUCCUACGGCGGCCAGGUUGGCAACAGCUGCAUAAAAGGCCUUACGCGACCUCGAUCCGACAUACCUCAAUCCGCUUCAUCGAAAGGCUUUGUCAUAGCAUUAGUCCUCAUCGCAUCGGGCUUCUCCUUCACCGGUCUCGCGUUCAUGGACCCACUGUUUGGCAUUCCACCACCCUUCUGGCGCGUGAACAAAGAGACUGGCUUUGCUGAAUUGACCUCUGAUAACCGCGAGCUCUUUUACCACGACUUGCCUCGCGAAGAAGGCGAAUACUGGGUUAGUCAAUUGACGACUCAAAGCUUGAAGUCACUCUUUGAGGGCGGGCAGCAUGUCUACGCAGGCUGGAAAGACGUGCCGACGUGGUACAUUGGAACUAUCGAGGAUAGAGGGCUCCCUGUGGUCAUCCAGAGAGUGCAGGUUGGCGUGGCCAGAGGCCAGGGUGGAGUAGUGCAUCAUAUGGAGUUGCCAACCAGUCAUUCCCCGUUCUUGAGCAUGCCUGUCGAGAUCGUAGCAGCCAUUUUGCAGGCUGUGAAGAUGGCUGGAAGAUCACAAGAGCUAAGUGCGCGAAAUGACGCCGUCCUGAAGAAAUCCUAUGUUCCGGCUGUGAAGAUAUUUGCGCCAAGGACAUGGGUUCGCUUUGGUCUUCCUCUAGCCAUCGGGCGCUUGUUGGGGUGGGGCUUUUGGUCAUAUCAUGGCUUGAAAGGGAUAUUUACCUCGCGGUCUCAGCAAUGAUUAGAUGUCCGAUAUUACGCUAGUGUGCUACACUGCCACAUAGAAAUACCUCUCCAAUCAAUUUGCUUGCCCAAGC